UUGGGGAUGGCCUUGUUUGUUAUGGGUGUCCUCACUGGUAAGGAUGAGAAGACUGUCGUUCCUCCUUUUGUGAUAAGAAUGGUUGAUAACCUUCCAUUCUUCUACGAGUACCCCUGGGGAAAGAUUUCUUACACCAAGCUGAUGGAAACUUGUAAGAAGGAUUACUUGGAUGUGAAGAAUAAGAUGUUGAAAAAGAUUGAGAAGGGAGUCACUCAGAAGAAGGCAAAAUACUCAGCCUACGUCUAUGCUGCAGCGUUGCAGUAUUGGGCAUACGAGGCCAUAUUACAGCUGGGCAACGAGUAUGCAGUGAGGAGGUCGCAUCGCUUUUCGAGAAUGGUCAACAGGGAGAGUAAGCCGAACACUACACUCGGAAAGGAUGAAGUGACCAGAUUAUUUGCUAAAAAUUUGACAGUGUACUCCAUGUUAUGUCCUCGGCCGAACGAGAUUGAGUUUGUGAGUUACAUAACCGGGGGUCAGCCUCCGUUAUUUGUUGACUUGGAGGAACUUGUGUUGGGUGAGGAUGGGCAACCAACACAGGAUGCUUUGCGAAGCCAGGCCGAAAAGCUUGCCUCCACAUUGGAAGAACGAGCAUAGGCAGCCCGAAUAUUUAAAGACUCUACACCACCUCCACCGUCUCCUCCACGUGCACCGCCUGCAGUUCCAGAUGGGUCUGGUGUUGACCCAUCUCCAGCUUCAGUUCCUGAUAGGUCUGGUGUUGACCCAUGUGCAGCUUCACAGGAUCCUCCUGUUCCCCCGUCAGCUUCUAUUCCCAGCACCUCAGAGGCUCGCGAUCCAGUAUACCCUGCCAUUUUGGCAAGGUUGGAGACUGUGGAGAGGGGGCAGGCCGCUCUGCUAAGAGGACAAACAGCGAUUAUGGAUCAGUUGAAGACCAUAAUGACGCUCCUGCAAGAUCUUGGAAGGCCGGGAGCAGAUUCACAGCCACAGCCACAGCCACAGCCACAGCCACAGCCACAACCGGAAGAGGAGGCUCGGACACCAGAAGAUGACUUCAU